CAAACCACACAGUUAGCUUUGAAUUAACUCCGUUUUAAACUAUGCCUGGAACCUUUUUUAAUCUUGUAUAAACUGUCACAGGUUAGCUGACCUGUGCACUUGUACACUGUCUACAAUAUCUGCAUUAGUUUGCGUUUGGAAAAAGGACGGCGAUGAAGACACAGACUGUCUACCUCCUCACAGGACUGCUUAUUAUUUCACUGUUUCACACAAGCUUCACACUGCUGAAGUCUAUCAAUGAACAAAGCUCAUAUGUAUCCAGAGAGAAUCUGGAGCCCAGAGAGCGGAGGUGGACGUCCAGGCCUGGGGCCCCUGGCUGGACUGCAGAUAAGAGGAGCCACUACAGAGACCAGCUUGGACCAGAUGAGCCGGACCUGUUGAUGGAGGAGGGACACGAUGACGCUACACAGAUUGUGAACAUUGAUCAUGCCUACUACACGUCUAAAAUCUAUGGUUCUGGAGACACGGCCAGUAAAGAGCUGUGGGUGAAUAUUGAUGAGAUGGAGGAGGAUGACUGGAGGGUCCGCGGCUUCCUGUCCAGUACUCACAGACAGGCUGAGAGAGUGAACCUUUCUUUUGACUUUCCUUUCUACGGUCAUAUCCUAAAGGAAAUAACAGUGGCCACGGGAGGUUUUAUUUAUACUGGAGAUGUAAUGCACCAGCUCCUCACAGCCACUCAGUACAUCGCCCCUUUGAUGGCGAACUUUGACCUUAGCCUUUCCAAAAACUCCAGUGUCUUUUACUGUGAUAAUGGCACUACGCUGGUGGUGCAGUGGAACCACAUACACCUGCAGGACAAUGUUAAUGCGGGGACUUUCACCUUUCAGGCCAUUCUGCACAGUGACGGACGUAUCGUCUUCACCUAUAAAGAGAUUCCUGUGGAUGUGAACAACAUCAGCACUGAGCAUCAUCCUGUCAAAGUGGGCCUGUCUGAUGCGUUCGUGGUGCUUCAUGAGAUAGAGCAGAUUCCUAAUGUUCGGAGGAGGACCAUUUAUGAGUAUCACAAAGUCGAUAUCCUCAAGUCCAAGAUCUCCAAUUCUUCAGCUGUGGAGAUGCUGCCACUGCCUACGUGUCUCCAGUUCUCCAGCUGUGGUCCAUGUGUCACCUCUCAGAUUGGCUUUAACUGCAGCUGGUGCAGUCGCCUACAGAGAUGCUCCAGUGGUUUUGAUCGCUAUCGUCAGGACUGGGUGGACCACGGCUGUCCUGAGGAGAGGAGAGAUUCCCGGUGUCUCCGAAUGACAGACGUCACAAACUCCACAUCUUCCCACUUCACACACACCACCACCGCAGUGGCUGUGACCGCAGGGCAACAGAGGAGCUCCAGUUCCACCUCCUCCUCCCUCAGCAACACACAGAGCGUCACUAACACCUCAGCACACAGCAGCACAAACAGAAGAACAAUUUCCACCCCACAUCCCCCCACCAGCAAACCUGCACAAGAUGACACAAAGAUCUCUUUGCGCAUUAAUGAAAAGCCAGGGGGUGAGGAGACUGCAGGGCAGAAUGAUGAGCGGCUGCAGAUUGGUCUCCUGGUGGGCAUCAUCAUGGUGACAGUUGUCAUGGCAGCAGCAGUUCUUCUGUCUGUCUACAUCUACACUCAUCCUACCUCCAGUGUCAGCCUCUUCCUCAUGGAGCGGCGUCCGACCCGGUGGCCAAUCCUGAAAUUUCGACGGGGCUCCAGUCGGCCUUCCUACGCAGAGGUGGAGGCCUCUGGUCAGGACAAAGAGGGCGCGGUGGUGAUCGACCCCAAACAGGCUUUUAUCAUUUCAGACCGGCGAGAGAGCGAACAGAAAGAAGGAUUCAUAGUUCCUGACCAGAGGGAGCGCUUCCUCAUCUCAGACAGCUCCUGACUAAAACUACUACCCAGAAGGCUCUGGGACAGAGGUUGCACUCUAUGGGAGUUAUCUUUCCUUUCCUGAUGCAGAGACAUUUUAUUUUCCACCUGGAAGGACAGAAUUGAAGCAUUCCAAGAGGAAAUUUUCAAACCUCUAUGAGGAAAUGAAAACAGAAUAUUUUAUGAAAUCAUGCGGCUUAAUGUUGUAGUGCGUAGCUAAAAAAAUACUCAGGUAAAAAAAAUGAUUUAGUUUGAAACUGUCCUGUUGGUUGGUGUUUACAGCAGAGGUGACGCUGCUCAAUGCUUGUUUUGAGACCAUUUCUGUCAGAGACGCUGUUAUUUUUCCUGAACUGUUGUGUGUCGUUCCCACUCCACCCUCAGAAAAGAGGAAUGUCAUAUUUGGGUGUCAUUUCCUCAUCUGAAAAAUACAGACUAAAUUCCUCACCAAUACAC